UCGCCGCCGCGCCGGGAAGAUGGCGGCCCUUGUGUCGCCCUUGGCUACAGCGCGCUGCCUGCUGCGGGCUCUGGGCUGCCGCGCCCGCCUGCUCCCGCCGCACAGAGGUCAGUGCCGCCGCCGCGGCUCUCGGGGGCUCGCCAGGCCCGGGCGGGCGGCAGGCUGCCGGGGCGCCGCGCAGGAAGGGCACCGAGGAGCGGUCGCAGGAGCCGCCUAUACAGCUCAGGCAGAUGAGAAGACAGGCCCUGGUGCCCCUACAGAUGCUCAUGCUAGAGCUUUACUGGUUUGCAAUGGACCUUUAGAACAUUAUGACUUUUUGAUUAAGCACAAACAGCUGAAGAAUGAUGAGCAACAAAGAAGAGUUGUGCAACACCUGCAGAAAUUGCAUGAGAGCCUUAAAGGCUACAGCAUUGAUUCAAAAAAUGUUCUCUCAAAGUUCUUUGCCAAAACCCAACCCCCGAAAGGACUUUAUGUCUAUGGAGAUGUUGGCACAGGAAAGACAAUGGUGAUGGACAUGUUCUAUUCUCACCUAAAAGUAGAAAGGAAAAAGAGAGUCCAUUUUCAUGGCUUCAUGUUGGAUGUACACCAGAGAAUACAUCGCCUUAAGCAGAACUUACCAAAGAGAAAAGCAGGAUUUAUGGCCAAAUCAUAUGACCCAAUUGCACCUGUGGCAGAGGAAAUAAGCCAAGAGGCUGCUCUCCUAUGUUUUGAUGAAUUUCAGGUCACUGACAUUGCUGAUGCCAUGAUUCUGAAGCAGCUUUUUGAAAAUCUCUUCCAGAAUGGGGUUGUCGUUGUGGCAACAUCUAACAGGCCGCCAGAAGAUCUGUAUAAAAAUGGUCUUCAGAGGGCUAAUUUUGUACCAUUCAUUGCUGUGCUGAAGAAAUACUGCAGCACAAUCCAGCUUGAUUCUGGAAUAGACUACAGGAAACGAGUGCUUCCAGCUGCUGGAAAACUUUACUACCUCACAAGUGAAGCUGAUGUGGAGGCUGUCAUGGAUAAGUUGUUUGAUGAGCUGGCUCAGAAACAAAAUGAUUUAACUAGACCAAGGAUUCUAAAAGUGCAAGGCAGAGAGCUGAGGCUGAAUAAAGCAUGUGGAACCAUUGCAGACUUCACGUUUGAAGAGCUGUGCGACAGACCUCUUGGAGCCAGCGACUAUUUGGAAAUAUCAAAGCAUUUUGACACGGUGUUUGUUCGUGACAUACCACUUCUUACAAUAGCAAAAAGGACACAAACUCGUCGUUUCAUUACUCUUAUUGAUACCUUUUAUGAGCAUAAGGUGCGCAUUAUCUGUUCUGCCGCAGCUCCUCUCCAAAGCUUGUUCUUGGUGGAACGUGGCAGUGGUGAACUGCCAGACAACAGAGUGCUCAUGGAUGAUUUGGACUUGAGCCAGGAUUCUGCCAAAGGACUCUCCAUGUUUACAGGAGAGGAGGAAAUCUUUGCCUUUCAGCGUACUCUCUCACGGCUCACAGAAAUGCAGACUGAACAGUACUGGAAUGAUGGGGAUAGAAGCAAAAAAACAUAAUUAAAAGUUGAAUGAAACCACCAAGAAGUAAAAUUACAGCAUGAAAUCACCAAGAAGAAAAAUCGGAAAAGCUUCAGAAAAGCACUGGAAAGCUUUUUAGCACAACUUGAAUAAUAAUUGCACUUUAUCAUCUGGA